AUGACGGAAAAUGAUUGGGAUCUAACGGGGACUGUUUCUCCCCUCCAAUUGGACCACCCCCCAUUCCUCAAACCUCACUCACUUCAGCUCACACCCAAGGAAUUUGCAUCUCUGGGUCUGACGAGUGGGAGUGGAGUGGAGGAGACGCCCAUUGCUCAUGAACCAGCCAGGACCCCACCUCCUGCUGAACUACAAGCGCUGCGAAUCCCUCAUAGAGACUCCUUAGAGAUGCCAUCUGACCAGAUUGCGAAAAUGGGGAACAGGAGCGAAGGUGAGCCCGAAACACCCAGACCACCUCAAAUAUCAACGAACCCUCUUGUACAAGAUCCUUAUGUAGAGGACAGGGGUGCAUUUGGAGAACAACAUCCAGUAAUUGGUCAGUUAUCAAUAACGGAUGAAGACGAUAAUAAGGAGUCGAUGGCGGAUAAUGAGGAACACGAUGACCGAAUUCUGGCUAAUAAUAAUGUUGAGGCAGAGAUAGGGAACGUGCUCCCGAUAGCGUCAGAUCAGGAAGACGCAGAAGAUACCAGGAUGACAGUUGAUAAUGAUGAGAGAUCAAACGAAGGACAAGAACAGGGAGAUUUGUCUAUAGCAUCGGAUGAAGCCAUACUGGAACCACAACCGGAAACAAUAAUACCACCAGAGGAAGAACCAUCGUCUUCAUCAUCAAGCGCCGAGUCCCUACAAGCAGAACCUGAGGAGGAGGAGUCCCCAUCGCAGAGUCAGAGUGAAACUUUCCAUGCAGAAGAAUUGGAGCAUGAGAAGAAAGGAUUUGAGCAUGAGGAGAAAGAAGUAGGAGAGGAUAAUGACGACGCACCUGAGCAAAAUGACGACGAAAUGUACACUAAUUUAGACAUGCCAAUAGACGACGCAUCUGCAUCUGCACCCACUCACCCCGACAUGAGCAGCAAGUAUGAACAAUUUCAGACAAUGUUCAACCAGUUGAAAACAUUUCAGGAGAAUUGUUACACGUCAGAAGAGGAGGUUAGCAGUGAUGCAUGUGGGUGGGAUGCCUUCACUAGGCUGGUGGACGACCUCAGAGAUCUACUCAGUGCGAGGGGAGUUGCAGUAUUACCACCACCAUGA